AUGUUGUGGACUUCACAAGGCGUGGCGAAAGGAUCAGACACAGUGAUGUUACGCUGUACGCAGUCCCUCGAUGAGUUCCCACUCAGACUGGACAAUCCACCAGGUGGCGGAAUGGCGUUCGGAGCAGGAUGGUCGCAGGGUGGCGGAAGGCUUGUGGCUAUAGCACGAACCAGGGACAGCACCGCGUGGUUGUUGUUCGGCGGCCGGCACCCGAUUCAAGUCCGCAAAGAAAGGAUGAGAAGGGAGCGUGUUGGUGCCUCGACACACGGAUACAAACCUGCUCGGAGCAAGAAGGACCUUGCGCCAAGCGUCAGAGGACACGCGGUUCAGGCGUGA